AUGACUUCAACAGCAGCCCUCGCGACGGGCGUCUCUGCCCGCGACAACAAGCUCCGCCAGCCCUAUCGCCGCAACUCGUCGUCGUCUGUCGACUCGGACAGUUCAUCCGAGACGCCCAUCUCGUAUGCCACCGACCCCGACCGCCCUCCCGGCCAGCCUACUCCCCGCACAACCAAGCAGAAGGUCGACCGCCGACCGCCGUCGACGUUCUACCUCAAGCGGUGGAGGGAUCAGACUUGGGCGGAGCGCAUCUGCAACCUCGCGACGUGCCCUGCGUCGAUGCACGAGUUGAAGGACGAGGGUAUGGACCGUGGCAUGCCGCCUGUCCAGCCCGUCUGGCGCGAGAACCUCUUCAUCCUCUCCCGCGCCCUCGUCCCCGUCCUCCUUCACCAGGGCGCUUUGUGGGCCUUCCCCAACUACCAAUGGCCGUUCUACGUCAUCUACCCGUUCUACUUCCUAGCCUUUGUCGGCUUCGCCAUCGAGAUGGUCCACCGCAUGUCGGACUACUCGAUCAAGUUCGGCACGUUCGACGAGAAGCAGAUUGGGCGCGACCGGACGCCCGACAAGUCGGUCAACCACCUAGCAGUCGGCAUCCUCGCCUACAUGUUCGUUAGGACGGCCUUCUGCUUCUACCUCCAAUUCGACAAGCAGGCUCAGCCCCUCUUCUCCUUCACCUGGUCGUACCCACUCCGCCUCGCCGCGUGGGAGAUCGCCCUCGACUACUUCUUCUACGUCUACCACCGCGCAUCGCACGAGGUCGACUCCCUCUGGUUCAUCCACCAGCACCACCACACGACCAAGCACCCGACUGCCAUCCUCUCGAUCCUCGCUGAGGAGUGGCAGGAGCUCCUUGAGGUCUUCCUCGUCCCUCUCGCCGCCACCCUUCUCGUCCCGAUGACCUUCUCGGAGGGCUACAUGACUCUGGUCUACACGAUUUACGUCGAGAUGAUGGGCCACUCCGGCGUCCGCGCUCACUGGUGCCACCCCGUCCUCUGGCCGCUCGAGUACCUCGGCAUGGGCCUCGCCGUCGAGGACCACGACUUGCACCACCGCUUCGGCAAGUCGGGCAAGAACUACGGCAAGCAGUCGCGCGUCUGGGACCGCAUCUUCGGCACCUGCGCCGAGCGCAUCGAGACUUUUGGCAUGUAA